AUGAACAGUUGCCUACUCGGCUGUUUCUAUCCAGCACAGAACAAUUGCACAAGGAAAAUGAGAUGCGGUCUGUUCAUGCCUAAUGAACUUCGUCUUGUGGACAAUCUGACCAAGUGCGCUUUGCAGAGUGAUAUCUCCAAAGGAAUUGUGAUGGAAAUGGCGACAUGCAUGAGAAGUGUAAUGCACAAUUCUGAAGAACGAGGAACAAAGGCGAGGACACGCGAUGAUCAUCCUCUUCAAACCGUCACAAUCUGA